CUUCCCGCCCGCCCGCCGACACCACCACGAGACGCGGGGAAGGAAGCAGAGAGGGAGAAAGAGCUACUGCCGGUCACGGCUCGCUCGGCCGUGGACACGCCACCUUCCAAACCGACGGCAGUAUCACCACAGCCCCGAGGUUCGAAUGGAGUAAAGAGGGUCGGCUUCUCGCCGUGGCCGACAUAUCACGAUAUUCCGCAUCUUGGUGUGUCUAGCUCACCAGACAGCCGUGCUCAACGACAGACGCCACUAUCUCGCGAAACAAAACCGCUGAAGUCCAUCCUCAAAGCACAAAAUGAGCGCACGCCUUUGACUCCAGAGGACCUCGACCACAAACUGAGCAACUUCUCUCCUCAGAUUCCGGGCAGCUUUCGAAAGAUGCUACAGGCCAUCAUUCAGCAACUGUCGAGUCCGUCGAGAGACACUCGCAGAGACGCCUACAUGUCCAUAAAUGGCGUGAUUAAAGCGUAUCAAGGACUUCCAGAGGUGCAAGCCGUCAUCGACAAGAUCGAUCUCCUCCAGCAGUUUCUGGCACGAGACUUGGCCUGGAAGGACCCUACUGGCAUUCUCGACACUCAGAUUGUGACGCAAGCUGCGCAGUUGGCAUGCUCGAUCCUCACGAUGAAAGAGUCUGCUGCUGCCCUGGAUGACGAUUUUCGAGCGUUCGUCGCUGAUCGAUGCAUCACUUGCUUAGAGCAAGUCGAUCUAUCAAGGGCGAUACUGAAAGUACAUCUGCACGUGCUCGCCGUGCAGCGCUUCCAAACCAACAUUUUGACUACCACCAGGGUGGAAAAGCUGGUGAACGCACUGCAGAAGAUUGAGGAUCGGACCAGCACAGUAGUUGCUCGUCUCAUGAUAUAUCAGAGAUUGAUCGAGCAAGCUCCGGCGGCGAUGCUGAGCAGGAUUUCGGACUGGAUCGAGAAUGUGUUUCAUGGACUACUGAGCAGUGUUUCGGAAGUUCAAACUCGUGCCAUUAAUACUUGCACCGCGGCUGGACUCCAUCUGGGACAUCAGCAGGCCGCUGCCCGAGCGAUUCAUGAACUUUGGGACAAGGAGACUGAGAAUGGCAAGAGCUACGGCGACUUCUUCAAUGAUCACCUCACUCAGCUCAGCAAAGAUCCAGCGAAAGCGGUGGUGGCCCCGCAGAUAUGGGCAGCUGUGAUUCUGUUCUUCCGCAACAGGCGGCGCAGCAUAGACAAGUGGUCAAAAUUUCGCGAUUGGCUUUUGACGCUGCAAAAGAGCCUGAACUCGGGUAACGUGGAAGUCAAACAACAUGCGACAUUUGCCUGGAACAAGCUGGUAUACACGGUUAUGCCCGAUGGCAACACUUCGGACACUCUUUAUUCGAUGCUCAAGGUGCCUAUCACGGCUAGCCUUGAGAGGAAAGGUAGCGACAAGACCUCGCAAGAGAUGCGUCAAAUUGCAGUGGACAGCUACUGCAACCUCCUACACUACGCGCUGAGGCCGGCGCUAUCGCCCGAGGAACUCGAUCGUGCCUGGAUCAAUUUCGUCCAACCCAUCUUGGCUGUCAUGUCCAAGCAUAGCGCUCGCGGGCAAUUCUCUGCAUGUCGCAUCCUCCAUGGCUUGCUUAAGAAGACCACCGGAGCAUGGAACGAGCAUGCCGCGACCGAAAAAGAACCUAUCAAGGCUGAUGAUCUUCCGCGCUUGGACGUUCGGUGGGUACGAUCUCGCCUCGAUAAAUUCAUCAAACUGCUCGAACCCUGGAUCCUGGCAGGCAUGUCUCAAUCUACGGAAUCUAACAAGGCUCUGACUAGUAUCUGGCGCUCGCUCAUGACUGCUGUUGCUGGGGCCGGUGCCCAAGAAGUUCGAACGUCUGCUGAGCUAAAGGUUGCAAUAGCACACCUUACAAACCUCUUUCGGAGAAUCUGGUUUGCUCCCUCUCAGGCCUCCAGCACGAGCUAUUCAGCAUGGCUUGAUCGUUACCAAUCUUUACUAGGCGAUGCUAUUGGGAUACUAGGCCCGUCAUAUUUCGUGGAGGACGUCUUGACGAUGACCAAUGAAGAUGGCGUUGAAGUGGCUCCUACGCCAUCGCAUCGGCCG